GUCGCGCAGCGGAGGAUUUCCUUUUCUCUCCACGAUGGCGGACGCAAAGGCGGCAGCCCCGGCUAAGCAAGUCGCAAAGAAGAACAAAACGAAGAGAGAACCCAAAGAUGCCGCCAAGAACGUGAUGCGUGAAGUGAGAAUUCGCAAAUUGUGCCUGAACAUUUGCGUCGGUGAGUCUGGUGACAGGCUGACACGUGCUGCCAAGGUGCUCGAGCAGUUGACUGGACAGCAGCCAGUCUUCUCGAAGGCACGUUACACUGUCCGAUCAUUCGGUAUUCGUCGUAACGAAAAAAUCGCCGUCCACUGCACAGUGCGUGGUGCCAAGGCCGAGGAAAUUCUCGAGCGUGGGCUCAAGGUUCGUGAGUACGAAUUGAGGAAGGAGAACUUCUCGGGUACUGGAAACUUCGGUUUCGGUAUUCAGGAACACAUCGACUUGGGUAUCAAGUACGACCCGAGCAUCGGUAUCUACGGUCUUGACUUCUACGUUGUUCUUGGACGUCCAGGCUUCAAUGUUGCCCACAGAAGAAGGAAAACCGGCAAGGUCGGUUUCCCCCACAGACUGACCAAGGAAGACGCCAUGAAGUGGUUCCAGCAGAAGUACGACGGUAUCAUCCUCGCUGGCAAGAAGUGAAUUUCGAAGUAAUGUAUAUUACUAUUUGACAUAGAAAAAAUGAAUAAAAAGCAAAAAAAAUUCAA